AUCAUCACAACAUCCCUGGUAGAAUAGUUUGAUUUAAGUUAAAAUAUCACUUUGAAGAAUAUGGAUUCAGAUGAUGACAUUCCUAACUUGGUUGAAACUACCUUUCAACCUGUGCCUGUUACCGUAAUAACGGGACAUUUAGGUGCAGGGAAAACUACUUUGCUUAAUUACAUUCUGACUGAACAGCAUGCCAAGAAGAUAGCAGUUAUCUUAAAUGAAUUUGGAGAAGGAAGUGCAUUAGAAAGUACAAUGGCUAUGAAUGAAGAAGGUAAACUUUUUGAGGAAUGGAUAGAAUUGAGAAAUGGCUGUCUCUGUUGUUCUGUCAAGGACAUUGGAGUUAAAGCCAUUGAGAACUUGAUGACUAAGCGUGGAAAAUUCGAUUAUAUUUUACUAGAAACAACUGGGCUGGCAGAUCCAGGACCUAUUAUAUCUAUGUUUUGGCUUGACAAAGAUCUGGGGAGUGACAUAUACCUUGAUGGGGUUGUCACUUUGAUUGAUGCAACAAAUGGAACUAGGACUUUGAAGGAGGGCCUUCAAGAUGGACUUAAUGCUUCUGUGAGGCAAGCAGCUCUUGCAGAUAUCAUUAUAUUAAAUAAAAUUGAUGUGGCUUCUAUUUCAACAGUGGAAGAGCUUAAAAACUUAAUCAGAUCUUUAAAUUCAUCAGCUGUAGUUCUUGAAACAAGUUAUUCAAAAGUUAAUCUCGAUAAUAUAUUAGAUCUUGCAGCUUAUUCCAAUGUUUCAGAAGAUAGAAUCAAAAGUAUAACUGAAAGCAUGAGUAUGAUGUCAGUAAAACCUCACAUAGAGGAGAGUAUAAGUACAAUUACUAUAGAACCAGGUAUUGUACCUCGAAAAGCACUGGAAAAAUUUUAUGAAAGAGCUUUGUGGAAUAAUGAAUUACAAUCCAAAUGUGGAAAGCCUACAGAAAUAUUUCGUUCCAAAGGGAUCAUAAAUGUUGGCUCUGAAUUUGUAUCUGUGCAGUCAGUAUAUCAGAUUUAUGAUGUAGAAUUUUUUAAAAAAGAUGAAAAUGAGGGACUGACAUCUGUUCUUAUAUUUAUUGGUAGACAUCUAGAUGAAGAUACCCUCAGAGAACUUUUAAAUAAUUGUAUUUUAAACUAUAGUUCAUAAAUAAACACAUUUUGAAAUCU